AUGGUAGGUGAAACCUUAUUUCAAUAUUUAAUUGAAUAGAAGCAUAGCCGCUUAAUACAAAAGUGUUUUUUACUGAUGAAGAAAUCUGGACAGACUUGUAGAAAGGAUGUUAAAUGCUUAUUAACACGUGUUUGACCUGGCUGUAUGAGGCUCACUUACUGACAUUUUGUUUUAACCUUACCUUGCCAAGCUGAUAAAAUGAUUGCAAUAAACAAAACAAGAAAUAUUAAAAAAAAAGAAAAAAAAACUCUCCGCUUAUGGGUGCAGCUCCAGCUCCACUUAAAAUUCAAAUGAAGAUCCUGCUGCACCAGGUUGUUGUCCUUGGGUGCUCUAUUUCAUUUUAAACAACUUCACUAACCUGAUUUCUUGAACAAAAACAAGAACAACAGGUAGACAGCAUUAUCCUCUAGUGCUGAUUGUUCCUACCUUAGAAUUAAAAUAACUAACUGAACACUGAGGCACUAAGAACAAUCAAUCAUCAAGCCAGCUCCUAUCUAGAUAAAGAAAACCUUAUGUAAACGCUCAAUGGAAAUAAAAGACGUAAAGAAAAUAGUUUGACAGAAUUCAGUGAAAAAUACAUGUUGUGUUUGAGUGAAUAAGAAAAAAUCUGUCACGACAAAGAAGUGCUGUAGAGUGCGCUAAGGCAGUCUGUCAAAGGAUCUAGCUGUACGCAAACUUCCAUAUAAGAUUUAACAGUGAAUCGUGGACAGCAACACUUCGUAGUUUAAAAUUUCAUUCAUAUCGGCUCCUCUUCUUGAAGCUCAAUUUACAGCCACAGCUCAAUUUUUCUGUUUCAAGUCUGUCUUUUUAUUUUCUAGCUCAAGCUGAGACUCCCACUGUCACUCCAUCAGGUAACAGCAAAACACCAGUUCAUAAUCUGAAAUACCUGCUCUGACAGCCAAAAUGCAAAUCACUCAAUCACUAUCAUUCGUAUCGGCUCCUCUUCUUUAAGCUCAAUUUACAGCCAAAGCUUAAUUUUUCUGUUUCAAGUCUGUCCUUUUAUUUUCUAGCUCAAGCUGAGACUCCCACUGUCACUCCAUCAGGUAACAGCAAAACACCAGUUUAUAAUCUGAAAUACCUGCUCUGACAGCCAAAAUGCAAAUCACUUAAUCACUAUCAUUCAUAUCGGCUCCUCUUCUUUAAGCUCAAUUUACAGCCAAAGCUUAAUUGUUCUGUUUCAAGUCUGUCCUUUUAUUUUCUAGCUCAAGCUGAGACUCCCACUGUCACUCCAUCAGGUAACAGCAAAACACCAGUUCAUAAUCUGAAAUACCUGCUCUGACAGCCAAAAUGCAAAUCACUCUGCCUUCACUUCAACAGCACAAGUUCAGCAACACUUCUUUUAACUGCAUAGAUGAUAUAGUUUCUCAACCUCAAACUUUUCUUGCUCUUGUAUCGAACAUGAUAUGAUUGUCUUUUAAAACUACACUGUUUUUUUUUCCUUUCCUGCUGUAAUUUAAAUAUCCUGUUGGUGGUCAAAAGAAGCAUUAUCUUGCUUUUUUAACAGGCCCAAAUAAGCAUGAUAUAUAAGGUUUGUCAGACUGGCUUAUUCACAUUUAUUUACUACUUUGACAGGUUGUCCUAAACUUGCUCAGUGCUAUCAAAUUUAAAUAUACCUGUUGUAUUUGGUUGGUGGAUUUUAUGCUUAAAAUUUCAGCUAUAAGUGUGUCUGUGUGGGUGUGAGGGGAAUAUGUGUAUGUGUGGGACUAGCCUAAUAAUAACAUAAAGGCUCAUGCUGUAACAUAUUUGAUUAAUCAGACAUUAGCACUCCAGUUUGUGUCAAUAGCUGUGUUUACAAGAGCACAAAUAAUCGAAAUAAAUCCCCGAUCGGAGUAAUAAUGCGCCAUGUAAACAUGCCGAUUGGAAGAUUCUGAUCCAAUUCGGCUCAAUGGGAAAGAAAUUGUAUUCUGAUUGACAGGGGUGGUUUAUGCCGAUCGUUAUUCUGAAACGCGUCCAUUUAAACACUUAUUCCGAUCGUGACUCUCUUACCUGACUCCAUCUUCACUCUUUAACCUUUGGCUUCUUCACUGAGGCCAGUACAGGAGGUUUCAGUAUUAACACACUGGCAUUAAACACAACCGCAGGUGCCGUGUCUGCUCUUCCUGUAACAUAACAAGGCAUACAUACAGCGUAAUGAUGUCACAUCUGCACGCACAGUGCCGCCUUUGACAGAACAGUGAACUAAGUACGCAAGGGCGCCAUCUAGUGGCAAUGUUUGACACGGGGGAAACUCCUGAAUGGGAUGGAGUGAGUCACUACCACGUUUGUUGGUUUGUUCACAGCACAGGCGUAAAUACAACAUUUCUUCUGCGGUUUUUUUAGCGAAAUCAGACAACUCUGCGCACGUCUUCUGCGGAUCUAAACGAUUUCUGCCGACUUUGCAAAGUCAGCUGCAUAAUUAACGGCGUUCUGAAUGAACGGAGCUUUGAAAGGUCCCGCAGCAUGUGUUAGACGUCACAUCUACACAUGGGGAAUACACGCUCCCAAUGGGCCGAAGUCCAGACUGUUGUGGGAAGGAACGGCAAGUGAUUCACGCAACAGGAUGGCCCAGCCAGGCUAGGAGUUCUCAGGUGCAGUCCCAAUGCUGGAUUGGUUAGUAGGCUAACUAUCAAAACCACUGACACAUCCAGCUGGAAGUUGCCAAUUACCAGGGUUGCAUGUUAACCUUUGAAAGUGAUUUCUGCUUUUCUCAUCCUACAUCAUCUUAUAGCCCAUGCCUUGCUUCAAAUUACUGCUACAGCUGAAGUGGGCACAUUGUGUCAUAGAGAUAACCAUCCCAGCAAAACAUAGUACACUGUAUUGCCGUCAGGGUAAACUCAGUCUGGAGUAUUCACCUGACUGUGAUGGGCAAGUUUGGAAAAAGUCAGGACCCGAAUGUGUGGAAACUACCUUGAAAUUAAAUAAUCACAAUUUUUCAAGUCACCAAAGACAGGAUAGUAUCAUUAGAAAUAAGUCAAGUCUCAGUCUUUUACAGUUGAUCCAUGUGUGUGUAUUUCAGGUUGUGCAGGUCCACCUCUGUUGUGUUGCACCGGUAAAAACAACAGCUGUGACAGAGGAUGUUUCUGUGAUGAAGCCUGUUUGUUAUUCGGUGACUGCUGUCCUGACCACAACCCAACAUGCACAAAAUGUACGUAAGGCUGAAUGGAUGCAAAAGAAAGAGGGUAUAUAGUUAAUUCAUAUAGGGUUGUGAUCAUUACUGACUGCUAGAAGGCUCACAGUUUUAAACCAGGGAUGUAAAAAUCAAUCACCAAGGGGAAGAAAACAUGGGUCUAACUUGAUGGAUGAAAAAAUAUAAAGGUAAAAUAAUUUCUUCUUGACUAUUGAUUUCCUAACAGCUCCAACAAGCAGUUCAUCCUCAGCCUCCACAGUGUCUCCUACCACAGCAGCUGACAAAACAAACAGCAGCUCAUCUCCACCGUCAAGAAACAGCACAGUUUUAGCAACAACACACAACACAACGACAAGAACAACACAAGUUCUCAAAACCUCUGCAGCUUCCACACUUACUGAUACCUCACCAACAACCAGCAGAACAGAUAGCACUGCAACAUCUCCGCUGGUGGAGGACAUGACAACUUUGAAGUUUAGUGUCUCUGCCACUACAGCAACAAGCCAAAUGAGGACUACAAGUAGCAGUAUUAACACUACACCAGCAGAUGGCCCCACAACUUCAGCAUCUACACUCUCCACUGCUACAGGUGGGUCAUUGAAAUUAAAAUUAUACAUUUACACCGAGUUUAGUACAUUUCUCUUUUUCAGUGAUGCAUUUAACUUCAAGAUUUAAGAUUGAAAAACAUCUUUUUGUUCUUUUUUUCAGGUAUUCAUAAAGUGACUGCUCACCUAAAAGUUUCUGUUUUAGCCAAUGAGAACGAGAAAGAAGAAGCGAUUUCAGAGGCUCUAUCGAAGGUAGGCGCAGUCAUCCUCCAAAAAUACAUCAUGCACAUGUAGUGUCAUUCACAAAAGCCUUUGAUACAGUGUGUCUUUCAGUUUUUUUCCCAGAUCCUGCUCAAGAUGAACUGUGAGGGCUGCACUGCGACUAUCAAACACAUUAAACCCACCUGA